AACGCGGCAGUGCAGGAGAGCCGGAGCCGGGAGCAGGCGGGCGGCCGGAGAGUGUUGACGCCUGAAGCUAAGUGUGAAUUCGUAGAGAGGUCGGUGCCAGUGUCCCCAGGGUCCUGAACCUCUUUCUAUCUUCACAGCACCAACGGAAGAGACCAAGAUGAGUGCUGAGCCUGAGAGGAAAUUUGGUGUGGUAGUGGUUGGUGUUGGCAGAGCUGGCUCCGUGAGGAUAAGGGACUUGAGGGAUCCACACUCGUCGGCAUUCCUAAACCUGAUUGGUUUUGUGUCCAGACGAGAACUUGGGAGCCUUGAUGAAGUACGGCAGAUUUCUCUGGAAGAUGCUCUCUGCAGCCAAGAGAUUGAGGUCGCCUACAUCUGCAGUGAGAGCUCUAGCCAUGAAGACUAUAUAAGGCAGUUUCUUCAGGCUGGCAAGCAUGUCCUUGUGGAAUACCCCAUGGCACUGUCUUUUGCAGCAGCCCAGGACCUGUGGGAGCUGGCUGCACAGAAAGGGAAAGUCCUGCAUGAGGAACAUAUCGAGCUCUUGAUGGAAGAGUUUGCAUUCCUGAAGAAAGAAGUGAUGGGGAAAGAGCUGCUGGAAGGGUCUCUUCACUUCACAGCUAGCCCACUGGAAGAAGAGAAAUUUGGCUUCCCUGCGUUCAGUGGUAUUUCUCGCCUGACCUGGCUGGUCUGCCUCUUUGGGGAGCUUUCUCUUAUUUCUGCCACCUUGGAAGAGCGGAAAGAAGAUCAGUAUCUGAAAAUGACUGUGCAGCUUGAGACCCAGAACAAGGGUCUGUUGUGCUGGACUGAAGAGAAAGCACCCGGGUUAAAAAGAAACAGGUAUUUAAACUUCCAAUUCAAAUCUGGGUCCCUGGAGAAUGUGCCAAGUGCAGGAGUCAAUAAGAAAAUUUUUCUGCAAGAUCAGGAUAUAUUUAUUCAGAAGCUCUUGGGCCAGGUCUCUGCGGAGGACCUGGCUGCUGAGAAGCAGCGCAUCAUGCAUUGCCUGGGCCUGGCCGAUGACAUCCAGAAGCUCUGCCGCCCUAAGUGAGGAGGAAGCUGCCAAUACCUCUGAGAAGGGAGGGCCAGAGUUUGGUUUUAUCAACACUUCAUCUCUCUCUUACAAUUAAAUACGUUGGCUAAACAGAA